UCUCUUCUUGCAACCUGUCACGUAUGAAAUCAUUCGUUUGAUUUAAGUAAACAAAAACAUAUUUAUUUAGCACCGAAAAGGCAAUUAAUCAAAAAAUGUCCGGAAAGAAAUCACGUGAAAUAGUCGCUAAACUGACAGAAGCGUUGGCCGAAAAGAAAAUAACAAAAUUUCAACAUAACGUUUACACUCAGUUGCUCAGCGUUCCGCUUGGAAAAGUGACCACUUACAAGGAAAUAGCGAAAGCAAUAAACUGUAACAGUGCUCAGGCUAUUGGACAAGCACUACAAAAAAAUCCAUUUGCUCCUGACGUUCCGUGUCAUCGUGUGAUCAGAUCGGAUUUAACUUUAGGCGGAUUUUCUGGCAGUCUCACAAAUGAAACGGUGGACAAGAAAAAGAACCUACUGCAGAAAGAAGGUGUCCAAUUCGUAGAUACGCAGGAUGAUCUAUCCAGUCAGGCCAAAGUGGAGAAGCAAAGCAUUUGGACUUUCGAUUAAACUGUUUGAUCUGUACAUUUUUCUUAGUGUAUUGAUGUGUGCAGGUAUUUUGCGUCAAUAAAUCGUUUGUUAUGAACCAA